AUGGACCUCGCCACGGUAAAUGCGCUUCAUUACGAGGAUUUUGUGAAUAUUUUUGGCAACGUGGUGGAGAAAUGUCCCAUUAUAACAGCUGCUGUGUGGUCGAGGCGCCCCUUUGUGAACUUCACCGCUUUGGAGGCUGCAAUCAGUGAAUUCAUCGAUGCUCUCCCAGAAUCAGGUAAAGAGGGGAUCCUCAGGUGUCACCCGGACCUCGCGGGCAGGGACCUCCAGAGCGGCACCUUGACCCGGGAGUCGCUGGAGGAGCAGACGGGAGCCGGGAUGGACGCGCUGAACUCCGCGGAAGCCUCACGCAUGGCCCGGCUCAACGAGGAGUACAAGGAGCGCUUCGGGUUCCCGUUUGUCAUCUGCGCCCGGAUGAACGACAAGAGGAACAUAUUACUGCAGCUGAGCGAGCGCUGCGGGAACGAGCGCGCGGUGGAGAGGGCGCGCGGCAUCCAGGAGGUGAAGAAGAUAUGUCACCUGCGUCUCCAAGGUCUCGUGCUCAUCGACGCUCCCAACAAGUUAUGA